CUCUGUAUUUAAAGCAGAAGACGACUUCACUGUGGUUCACACAUCGCUGGACUGAACAGUGACUACAAUGAGCAUCUUUUGGUUCAUAACUACACUGCUACUGCUGCACUCCUGCACCCCAGCUGUGAUUGGAGAUUCUAUAGUCAAUGGCGAAAAGACUCCCAAAAUAACCUUGCAGUAUAUGGCAUCAGUGCAGGUCAAUGAAAUACAUGAGUGUAGAGGAUUUCUGAUUUCCCCUAAAUAUGUCCUUACAGCCGCACACUGCGAUACAAGUGAUCAUAUGACUGUCGUCCUUGGUGACCACAACAUCAAUCCACAGAAAGAUCUUAAAAGAUACGAGGUGGCUCACAAAUUCAAACCGAAACAGUUCAAACAUGCAAGAGAGGGCGAUGACAUCAUGCUUCUGAAGCUUGACAGGAAAGCAGUUUUGGGAAAAAAUGUGAAAACUGUCAAUAUCACAGAUGAACGGCACCGUGUUAAAAGUGGCACAGAGUGUGUGUUUGCUGGAUGGGGUAAAACCAAAAAGAGUAAUACUAAAGGAGUCAAUGAACUUCGGGCUGUGAAAGUUUCAAUUGUUGACAUCGACAAAUGCAAGAAAGCAUGGAUGAAAAAAUACAAGAAAAUGGAAACAUUUCCACCAAACAUAACCUGCGCUGUUGGAAAUAAACAGAAUACAGGGAUGUGUAAGGGUGACUCAGGAGGUCCACUUGUAUGCAAUUCAGUGGCCGUGGGCAUUGUUUCCUUCAAAAGUUCCACGUGUGAAUCUUCUGAUGUGCCAAGUGUUUAUACUGAUAUUUCAAAAUAUUCGGGCUGGAUCAAAGAAAAGAUGAAUAAAAGGGAAACUUGAGACAGGCAACAACAGGCUGCAUUGAAAAAUGUCUUGACCAAAUAAACUGUACUUAUGUUGACCGAGUCUGUGUUUUUGCAAUAAACUUUGCAGUGCACAUCUUA